AUGGAGCCACCUCAUCACAUGUUCUUGGGAGGUCAAGAGGAAUGUCAAAGCAGUGAAUCUGGAUGGACUAUGUAUAUUGGAUCUCCAGUAAGUCAUGAAAAUGGUGAUGAUGAUGAUGAUGAUGAUGAUGAUGAUAAAGUGGAUUGUUAUCAAGUGACUCAUCAAAUUCAAGGUGAUGCUGGAAUUGAAAGUGAUGAUUCUAUGGUUUCUGAUGCUUCUUCUGGACCAACUCAUUAUGGUGUUAAUGUUAAUCCUUUGAGAUGUUUCAAGAAAAAAGUGGAAGAGGAUGCAUAUGAUGAUGAUGAUGAUGAUGAUGAUGAUGAUGAGGUUAAUGAAUACUAUUGCUAUGAUCAUCACAAGAAAGAAAAUCAGAUUGGAGAGAAAAAGGGGGAAAAGAAACCGAAGGGUUCAGUUCAAGGUGAUGGAAGGGUUAAGGUGAGGAAAAAUCAAAGGGUGGGAACAAGAAAAUAG